CUCGUCGGCGCGCGGAAAAAAACGCGCCAAGUUCGCUGACGGUGUCCCCGCGGUCUCCAUGGCAACGGCGAGCGGGAGCGGGGCCGGGAUGUAGUGGUGUGAGCGCCCCGGCCGCGCCCCGCAGGAACCAUGCCCGGCGUCCUGCCCGGCGACAGCGCCAGGGCCAGCCCCUCCAAGAAGAACAGGCUGUCGCUGAAGCUCUUUCAGAAGAAGGAGGCGAAGCGAGCGCUGGAUUUCACCGAGGCGCAGGAAAAUGAGCAGCAGAAGGGCGCGGAGUUCCGAGGCGCCGAGAUUGACCAGGUGGUUCCUGCAGCACAGCCCCCCUCCCUUGUCAGCUGUGAGAAAAAAGACAGCAUGUUGCCUUUCGUGGGCUUGAACAACCUGGGCAAUACCUGCUACCUGAACAGUGUCCUGCAGGUAUUAUAUUUUUGUCCUGGUUUUAAAACUGGAGUAAAACAUUUAUAUAACAUUAUUUCAAAGAAGAGAGAAUCUUCAAAGGAUGAAGGAGAGCAAAAGACAGAAAAGGGAAGCUGUAAAGAAGAUCCCUUGGCAAGUUAUGAACUCAUCUGCAGUUUGCACUCCUUGAUCCUUUCAGUUGAGCAGCUUCAAGCCAGUUUUCUCCUAAACCCAGAGAAAUACACAGAUGAAUUGGCCACUCAGCCCCGAAGGCUGCUGAACACCCUCAGAGAGCUGAACCCCAUGUACGAAGGGUACCUGCAGCACGAUGCCCAGGAGGUCCUGCAGUGUAUCCUGGGGAACAUCCAGGAAACCUGCCAGCUGCUGAAAAAGGAGGAGCUGAACAAACUGCCUGUGGAAGAGCCUGCAGCUAAACUGGAGGAAAAACCCAACCAAAAGUCAGAGAGCAACGGAUCCAUCAGCCCCGCUGAGGAGGAGGAUCCCACCCUGGGCAACCAUGGCGGAGACGCGGCCAAGGAGAAGCUGCUCAAGGGAAACGGGAAAAGGAAAAGCGACGCCGAGGGCGGCAACGCCAAGAAGAAAUCCAAAGUAUCUAAAGAGCAAAUUACAGCAGAAGAAAAUCAAAGACAAACCAGGUCCAAGAGGAAAGCCACGGGAGAAAAGAUGGAAAACCAAACGGAUGCCAUUGCCAAGUGUUCCGGGGAGAGCGAAAGCGCCAAGCCCACGCAGAAAAAGUCGCGCCUUAGGUUAAACUGGUUAAAAUCUUCCUGCAAACAGCCCAGUAUUCUGUCCAAAUUUUACAGUCUAGGAAAGUUAACUACAAACUUGGGACCCAAAGAGCCAGGGAAAGAAUAUGACUGUGAGUUUGAAGAGUCAGCUGUCAAGUGCGAAAAUGGUGACAGUAAAGAAGAAUAUCAUGAACCAGCGUCUCCCGUGGAAAGCCAUCAUGGAAAAGGAACUGAAAAAGAACCAAAAAAGGAAGGUACAGAGCUGGCUGUCUUCGAGCUGGUGGAGAAACUCUUCCAGGGCCAGUUAGUGCUGAGGACGAGGUGCUUGGAGUGCGAGUGCUUCACGGAAAGGAGGGAAGAUUUUCAGGACAUCAGUGUCCCAGUGCAAGAAGAUGAACUUGCUAAAAGUGAAGAGAGUUCUGAAAUUUCUCCAGAGCCAAAAACAGAAAUGAAGACUCUGAAAUGGGCAAUUUCCCAGUUUGCCUCAGUGGAGAGGAUUGUGGGAGAGGACAAAUAUUUCUGUGAGAACUGCCACCACUACACGGAAGCCGAGCGCAGCCUUUUGUUCGAUAAAAUGCCCGAAGUGAUCACAAUUCACUUGAAGUGCUUUGCUGCCAGUGGCUUAGAGUUUGACUGCUACGGGGGCCUGUCCAAGAUCAACACCCCACUGCUGACGCCGCUCAGGCUGUCCCUGGAGGAGUGGAGCACCCGGCCCACCAACGACACCUACGGGCUCUUCGCCGUGGUCAUGCACAGCGGCAUCACCAUCAGCAGCGGCCACUACACAGCCUCAGUGAAGGUCACAGACCUGCAGAGCCUGGAGCUGGACAGGGGCAACUUCCUCCCCGAGCCGGGCUACGCCGCGCUCAAGCCGGAGCCGCUGACCGAGGAGGAGGCGCGGGCCGUGGCCGAGGACUACGACGACGGCGAGGUCUCCUUCAGGCUCAACGGCGCCGCGCCGCCGGGCAAGGUGCUCAGCAAGAAGAACAUGGAGGCCGUGGGACUGCUCGGGGGGCAGAAGAGCAAGGCUGACUGUGAGCUGUGUGCCAGCAAACAGCCCAACCCCGAGAAGCUCCUCAGCGUGGCUCCCGAGCCCCGCGGCGCCGAGCCCAGCGCGGAGCAGGGCGAGCCCCCGGGGCUGGGAGCCAACGGACUGGAGAACAAAGCUCUCUACGUGCUCCAGAGCCUCAAGGAGUACGAGGGGAAGUGGCUGCUCUUCGAUGAUUCCGAAGUGAAGGUCACAGAGGAAAAGGACUUUCUGAAUUCUCUUUCUCCAACAUCGUCAUCUACAUCGACUCCUUACCUACUGUUUUAUAAGAAGAUUGUAGAGUGAUGCUGUACUUGGACUGUAAAUAUUUGGGAUUUGCAUACACCUCUCACUCUGAUUUGCAUCCAGGCUACCUGGAAAGAACGGCUGUUUGUUUUUUGAAGCUACUGAUUUUUCAUCUUUCUGGUCUUUUUUUUUUUUUCCCCUUUGGUGUCAAGUGGCUCAACUUGAAUUAACAAAACAUGACAUAGGACUUGACUCACACCGUAACUUUUCUGCUGGAGAAUAGUGCUCUGACCUUUUAGAAAUGCCAGUUUGUAUAGAUUCUAAACAAUGCCUACAGCACCCAGUAGUGGUUUUAAUGCAGCUCUAGGUCUCAGACAUGCCUAUUGUAUUAUUAGCUUUUUUUUCCUUUUAUUUUUUCCUUUUAUUUGUUUUUCUUUUUUUCCUUUUAUUUGUUUUUUUUAAAUAAAAGUUAUUUGUAUUCAUACCCUGGAGUAAAUGUAUAUUAACUAGCAAAUUUCAUCAGAAGUUGUGUAUUUUUGUAACUUGGGAAGUAACACUUCAUAUUUAGUCUUUGGGUAAUGGACGUGGUUUAUUCUCCUGCUCCAGUUCUUUCCUGCUCCUUGCAACUUGAAGCACAAGGAAAAAGGUCUGGGAACCUUGUCCAGAGCAUCAGAGGGAACUGAAUUCAUGGAGGUGUUUGACUGUUCUAAUUUGCAUCUUGGUGCAUAGGUGUUCAUGAGCAAAGUGUAAAUAGGUGUGAUUAAUACUUCAAACCAGGGGCAGAGUGUAGUGUAAUUAAAAUAAUUUUGUACUUUGAAGAGUGAAGCCCUCAAAUCUGCAUCUCUGUUUGGGGGAGUUGGGAACUUAGUGGUGACCUUUUAACUGAAGUUAACUUGUACCUGGAUCUCCCUGAAACCUGGGGGAAAAGGAGAGCAUUUGGCUUUGAUGCUUUGUUAAGAAUGUACAUAUGAAAUAAAAAAGUGAUGAUGCGUAUCUGAGAUGAGCAGAUCAGCCUGUUGUGUUU